UCUCCCCCCUCGCCCCCGGCAACACACACCCGUAUACAGAGAGUGCAAAAUUAUCCAGAUAUUGUGCACUUGGGUUUUGCUCAAAUCCUUCAAAUUUAACGGAGUAGCCUCAAAGAUUUCACCUUUUUGUUUGUGGUUUCUUGCUAUUUCUUGAUUUCAUGGCUUCUCCUUUGCUCAAUGGAGCCAUAAAUCCCACACUCACUCGAGGAAUUGCUCAAACCCCAAAUGGGCUAGGUUUUCUUGGCUCAGAUUUUAAUGGAAAGCAUUUUCCCAAGUUGAAUUCUGGUUCUUGUGUCAAAAUUUCAAGUACCCACAAGAGAAAAAUCCUUGUAUCCCCAAAUUGCAGUGUUUCAGCAUCUAGGCCAUCCUCUCAGCCAAGAUUCAUACAGCAUAAGAAAGAGGCGUUUUGGUUCUACAGGUUUCUAUCAAUUGUGUAUGAUCAUGUUAUAAACCCUGGGCAUUGGACUGAGGAUAUGAGGGAUGAUGCACUUGAGCCAGCUGAACUCAAUAAUAGGAAUUUGACAGUGUUGGAUGUUGGUGGAGGUACAGGGUUUACCACUUUGGGUAUAGUGAAACAUGUGGAUGCUAAGAAUGUUACAAUUCUUGAUCAGUCUCCUCAUCAGCUAGCCAAGGCUAAGAAGAAGGAGCCCUUGAAGGAAUGCAAGAUAAUUGAGGGUGAUGCUGAGGACCUCCCUUUCAAAACUGAUUGUGCUGAUAGAUAUAUAUCUGCUGGGAGUAUUGAGUACUGGCCAGACCCACAGCGUGGCAUCAGGGAAGCAUAUCGAGUUUUAAGGCUCGGAGGGAAGGCUUGCAUAAUUGGUCCUGUAUAUCCAACAUUUUGGUUAUCUCGCUUCUUUGCUGAUGUGUGGAUGCUCUUCCCGAAGGAGGAAGAGUACAUUGAGUGGUUUGAAAAGGCUGGAUUCAAGGAUGUUCAACUGAAGAGGAUUGGUCCAAAAUGGUAUCGUGGGGUUCGUAGACAUGGGCUGAUUAUGGGAUGCUCGGUUACAGGUGUAAAACCUGCAUCUGGGGACUCACCUUUGCAGGUAGUUUUCUAAAUGUAAUUCUUUGACUCUUUCAAACGUAACACUUUCAUGACUCGUUUGGUAAGGUGGAUCUUACAACAUUGAAUGACAAAAGGAAAAAGGCUAAGAUAUUGUCCUUUACAAUCUACAAUCCCUGUAUACCAAACAUGCCCACAUGCUCAAUUUGUUUUACUUCCUGGCUGUCACCCUGAUUCUCUUGCUUCAGUUAAACUAUCUUCAUUGGUCGUAUUCUAUUUAAACCUUGUGAAGACAGCUCAAUUCUUGUUAUAGUUAAUGCAUGUCUAUCUACACCUUUAUGAAAACUGUGUAGAAAUUGCUGUCAUAUUCCAAAUACCUGCAGCAAGGGUAUGCACCAUCGCAAAAUCACAAAGCAGUCAUAAUUUUUCUCCUACUCUAAUCAACUCGUCUUCAUUGCUCUCCCAGAAAAACGUCGUGCAUGUAUCUCAGUCUUUCUCUGAUUCCAAGUUGAAUUUAACUCUCCUCGUGCUUUCUUGAAUAGAGAAGAGAUGUCUAGAUAUUCACCCAACACUGAAGUGAUACUUUUGGCAUUCGACUAGACACUACGAGGCAGAAAAAGAAAUUAAAACCUUCUUGUGGCAGCAUAAACUUCGUAUUGGUUGCUUCAGACUCUAGAAUGAGAAGAUAAUGAUCUCUACCUGACUAAAUUUUGAUCUGUCAACCUUGAUUCUCCUGCAUACCCUUUUUGUCUCAUCGCCCCCUAUCCCUACUCCUCUUUGUGUGAGAUAUGCAAGGAAGGAGCAUUUGCUAAAUGUGCGCUCACUCUUGAUAAUAAUCCAGCAACCAAUUUUGCGUAUCAUUUGUUAAUAUCUUGCUUAGUUAAGUUUAGAGAAUUUCGAUUUUUUA